AUGCACAGAGUGCCCUCUGGCUGCAAUCUUGCUGGCUGUAAUCUCAUCGAUCAGGAUUGUGAAAUUGUGUCCUCAGCUCUACAAUCCCCAAAUUGUGUCCUGAGAGAGCUGGACCUAAGUAACAAUGACCUGCAUGAUUCAGGAAUGAAGCUGCUCUCUAAUGGACUGUCAGCUGCAAACUGUCAGCUGCAGAAACUGAGGUUGUCAGGCUGUAUGGUGACAGAGAAAGGUUGUGGUUAUGUGUCUUCAGCUCUGAGUUUAAACCCCUCACACCUGAGAGAGCUGGAUCUGAGUAACAAUAAACUGCAAAAUUCAGGAGUCAAGCUGCUCUCUGACAAACUGAAGGAUCCAAACUUCUCACUACAGAUACUCAAUGUGGAUCAUUGUGGAGAGUUCAGAAGUACAGCAGAAGUACACAAAUAUGCCUAUGAUCUCACACUGGAUCCAAACACAGCAAACACUCAACUCAUUCUGUCUGAUGGGAACAGGAAGGUGACGGGUGUGUUGAAGAAUCGGACAUAUCCUGAUCAUCCAGAGAGAUUUGAUGAUGUUCCUCAGGUUCUGUGUGGAGAGAGUCUCACUGGACGCUGUUACUGGGAGAUUGAAUGGAGCGGACAUGCUGAAAUAUCAGUGACAUAUAAAGGAAUCAGCAGGAAAGGAUGGAGUGAUGACUGUGUGUUUGGAUUAAAUGACAAAUCCUGGAGUCUGAACUGCUCUAAUAACAGAUUCUCUGUCCGUCACAAUAAGAACAGCACUUAUUUACCUGCGAUCAGUUCAUCCUCUAAUAGAGUAGGAGUGUAUGUGGACGUGUCGGCCGGCACUCUGUCCUUCUACAGCGUCUCUGACACACACACACUCACACACUUACACACAUUCAACACCACUUUCACUGAACCCCUCUAUGCUGGAUUUACAGUUCAUUAUAACUCCUCAGUGUGUCUGUGUGACAUUAAACAACCUCCUGUGCGAAACGCCAAUGAUACACACACAACCGGGUUCUCCUGCACCAAUGAUCUUCAAAAGACUCCUACCAAAGAGGAGGAUCAAAAGAACAUCUCCACUGCAACAACUGAGAAAGACAAACUGCGUCUGAAUAGUGAAGCAGAUAAAGCUACAUUUUAUGAUAAAUACUGGUCAGAUCUCAUUCAGAGAGUUAACAAUAUUAAGAUCAUUGCAGAUAAGCUGCUUCAUCAGGAAAUAAUUAAUAAGGAACAGUAUUCCCGAAUCACACAUGAGCGUUCAACCAGUCAGGAGAGCAUGAGAGAGAUCUGUGACAUUAUAAACACAGGGAAAAUUGGAUAUGUGAAAGCUAAAUUCAUCUCAAUUCUUCAGGAAGUGGAGCGUUGCCUUUUAGAACACUGGUUUGAUUAA